UGACGCUAGAGAAAACCUUCUUGAACCUUUUACUUCUUCUGGUACGUGCAUCGACUUCUGAGGACGAGUAAUAUUAUGAGAAAUCUUAGUCACUUACCCACUUAUAAUCAAACGCCUUUCCUCUUCUGGGAUACAUUUCGACGUUAGAGUCCCGACCAAUAGAAUCACCAGAAAUGUAACCUGUAAACACAUCCUCACUCUAUCGUCUUCAAAGACGGAUUAUGGGCAUCGACUUAUUUCCAUUAAAUCCAAGAGAAAUGCGUUGGAGAUAUCCAAUGUUUCUUCUAUCUGAAGUCCGACCCAUGGUAAUCGGACAAUAAUAUGGCCAUUAAGUCCUUCAAAGUCCUUCAUCAUGAUUGAUAUAAAGGUAGCCAAAGACCUCACUUCAUCACAACAUCUCAACAACACUUAACAAACACAUCAUUAACAUUCUAUCAAAACACUUUCACACUUCUUUCCAAUCCAUCAAAAUGUCAUUCCCAUACAAACACGUCCUUCUGGUCGGAGCCACCUCCGGAAUCGGUCUUGCAUUGGCCGAACGUCUCGUCAAAGAGUGCAAAGUCACCGUCGUUGGUCGUCGCAGGGAGCUUCUUGACGAUUUUGUAGCCAAGCAUGGCAGCAACGCCCAAGCGGCCACUUUCGAUCUCUCUGAUCUUGAGAAAGCUCCUCAAUUCGCUGCUGAUGUCAUGAAGGCCAAUCCUGACAUCGAUUGCGUCUUCCUCAAUGCAGGGUUCCAACAAUACGAGGAUUGGACCAAGCCUGAAGCUGUUGAUAUCCCAGGAUUUAGAUCGACAAUAGAUAUUAAUUUCAUCAGUUUUGUGAUAUUAACUAAGGAAUUCCUUCCAUAUCUUUCGGCGAAAAAGGAGAAGACGAGUAUCAUAUAGUUUGUCACCCCGUCCUAAAUCCUAUUGUUUCAUUGAAUAUCGCUAAAGAGUCCUCAGCACAACCUCCAACCUCGCAAUUGUCCCCGCCGUGAUGAUGUCCUCUUACUCUGCUUCCAAAGCAGCUCUCAACGCAUUCAUCCUCUGCUUGCGAGACGACCUUAGCAAUUCUUCUGUCAAUAUUGUCGAGUUGCUGCCUCCUCUUGUUCAAAGUAAGUUUUCUCUCCCGUCUCCAUUUCUCCAUCAUUCAUCUCCCAUCUCCCACAUCUCACCUAAUUCAUCCUCCGCCCCUCCACCCUUCCUCCGUCUUCCAAUUCUCCUCUCCAAUUCUCCCCUCCAGAACUAACCCUCGCCCAGCCCCAAUCCACAGCCUCUCGGGCCCCGACGGUAAACAAUUGGGCAUGCCCCUCGACGAGUUCACAGAGAAAGCAUACGCCGGUCUAUGCAGCAGCGAAGACAGCGUAUAUAUCGGAGAUGAUCACCUUGGUGAACCUAUCUUGAACGUUAUGACUCAGAGACGGGCAGUCUUUGAAGGGAUGGCGACAGUCGUUAAGUCGUUGCGUUAGGUCGUUAGUUUAAGUAUCUUGAAAUGAGAAGUUUAGGGUUGCAGGGGGAAUUGACUUGGGUGGUGUAGAAGGGGAAGCAUUAGGUGAUUGGUGAUUGAUGCAUAGUUAGCGGGUUUAGUUUUAAGUGCUAGAAUUCGAUUUUAUGGUACAAGUUUAUUUUCACUG